AUGUGGCCUGGCCAGGCCAUGACCCUCAAGGUGAAGAAGGUCCUUCACCAUGAGAAGAGCAAGUACCAGGAUGUCCUGAUCUUUGAAUCCACCGAUUAUGGCACUGUUCUCGUCCUGGACAACGUCAUCCAGUGCACUGAGCGUGAUGAGUUUUCUUACCAAGAGAUGAUCACUCACCUGGCUAUGAACUCUCACCCGGAUCCCAAGAAGGUCCUCGUCAUCGGUGGUGGCGACGGAGGUGUCCUCCGUGAAGUUGUCAAGCAUGAGUGUGUUGAGGAGGCUACCCUCUGCGACAUUGACGAGGCUGUCAUCCGCCUGUCCAAGCAAUACCUUCCUGGAAUGGCCGAGGGCUUCAAGCACCCCAAGGUGAAGGUGCAUGUUGGCGACGGCUUCAAGUUCCUAGACGACUACAAGAACACAUUCGAUGUUAUCAUCACCGACUCUUCCGACCCGGAGGGACCGGCCGAGAGCCUGUUCCAGAAGCCCUACUUCAAGCUUCUCCACGACGCCCUCAGAGAGGGUGGCGUCAUUACCACUCAAGGUUCCGAGAACCAAUGGCUGCACCUGCCUCUGAUCACCAAGCUGAAGAAGGACUGCAAGGAGAUCUUCCCCGUGGCCGAGUACGCUUACACCACCAUCCCGACGUAUCCCUCCGGCCAGAUUGGAUUCAUGGUCUGCACCAAGGAUGCCAACCGCAACUUGAAGGUCCCGGUCAGGUCCUGGACUCCCGAGGAGGAGGAGAAGCUGUGCAGAUACUACAACUCUGAGAUCCACAAGGCUAGCUUCAUUCUUCCGACUUUCGCUGCUAAGGCCUUGAAAUAG